GUUUUUUGCUGCUCCGAGGCACUGGGGUCGGGAGAACCCAUUCUCACCAUGCAGGACGCCAAAGGCAUCGAGAACCCGGCUUUCGUCCCCUCCAGCCCGGACACCCCGCGCCGUUUGUCUGCAUCGCCCUCUCACGUAGAGGUCUCUGCCUUGCCCUCUGACACGCAGAAAGAAGAUUCACAGCUGCAGGAGCCUCAGGAGCCCCAGAAGUCACCGGAGCCACAACAGCCGCAUUCUGCCUCACCUCUUCCAGGAACUCACUCUGCCUCCCAGGAGCGAUCCAGGCCACGUUCGCUACCCGAGUUUGAGGAGGGGCCCUGCGGAUGGGGGAACUUCCACCCCGAAUGUCUCCAGCGGUGCAACACGCCACGGGGCUACCUGCUUCACUACUGCCUUCUGGCCCUUACGCAAGGUAUUGUAGUCAAUGGCCUAGUAAAUAUUAGCAUUUCUACUAUUGAGAAGCGCUAUGAAAUGAAGAGUUCCCUGACUGGCCUGAUAUCAUCCAGCUAUGAUAUCUCAUUCUGUGUGUUGUCUAUAUUCGUAUCAUUCUUUGGCGAGAGAGGACACAAACCAAGAUGGCUUGCAUUUGCAUCCUUUAUGAUAGGACUAGGGGCACUUGUAUUUUCCUUGCCACAAUUUUUUAGUGGAGAAUAUCAACUGGGGUCCAUUUUUGAAGAUACUUGCUUAGCAACAAGGAAUAGCACCAGUUGUACCUCUUCAGCUUCUUCACUUUCUAACUACUUGUAUGUCUUCAUCUUGGGACAACUGUUGCUGGGAACAGGAGGAACUCCUCUCUAUACCCUAGGAACAGCUUUUAUUGAUGAUUCUGUGCCCACACACAAAUCUUCUCUCUAUAUAGGAAUCGGCUAUUCUAUGUCAAUCUUAGGCCCUGCAAUUGGCUAUGUUUUGGGAGGACAACUGCUAACCAUAUAUAUUGACACUGCUAUGGGACGAAGCACUGGUAUCAACAAAGAUGAUCCACGCUGGCUGGGAGCUUGGUGGAUAGGAUUUCUUUUGGCUUGGCUCUUUGCUUGGUCUUUGAUAAUACCUUUUUCUUGCUUCCCAAAACAUUUACCAGGUACAGCAAAAAUUCAAGCUGGAAAAAUUUCCCAGGCUCAUCAGGAUAAAAGUAGCUCCAUACGACAAGCAGAUGAGAAUUUUGGAAAGAGCUUUAAAGAUAUUCCAGCUGCUCUAAAGAACCUGAUGAGGAAUACUGUCUUUAUGUGUUUAGUUUUAUCAACUAGUUCAGAAGCCUUAGUUACUACUGGAUUUGCUACAUUUUUACCUAAAUUCAUAGAAAAUCAGUUUGGAUUGUCCUCCAGCUUUGCAGCUACCCUUGGAGGGGCUGUUUUAAUUCCUGGAGCUGCUCUUGGUCAGAUUUUAGGUGGUGUCAUUGUUUCAAAGUUCAAAUUGACGUGUAAAAAUACAAUGAAGUUUUCAUUGUGCACAUCUGUGGUUGCACUUGUGCUGAGUUUCGUAUUUGUUUACACCAAAUGUGAAAAUGGGCCGUUUGCUGGUGUGUUGGAACCAUAUAAAGGGACAGGAGAGCUGAGAAAUUUGACAGCUCCUUGUAACGCCAAUUGUAACUGUUUGCGAUCAUAUUAUUAUCCUGUCUGUGGAGAAGAUAGAGUUCAAUAUUUUUCUCCCUGCUUUGCAGGUUGUACAAAUUCUGUUUCAGAAAGACAGCCAAAGGUCUAUUACAACUGUUCCUGUAUUGAAGGGACUAUAGAGAUAACAUCUGCAGAAAGUUUUUAUUUUGAAGCUAAACCUGGCAAAUGUGAAACUCAGUGUGCAAACUUGCCCAUAUUCCUUGGCAUUUUCUUUGUUACUCUUAUUUUUACCUUUAUGGCUGGUACUCCCAUAACUGUGUCCAUCCUUAGGUGUGUUAAUAACAAGCAACGGUCUCUAGCUUUGGGAAUACAGUUUAUGUUUCUCCGAUUACUGGGCACAAUACCUGGGCCAAUUGUAUUUGGUAUAACAAUUGACAGCACAUGUGUUCUCUGGGAUAUUAACGAAUGUGGAGUUAAAGGAGCUUGCUGGGUUUAUAAUAACAUCAAGAUGGCCCAUAUGCUAGUGGCAAUAAGUGUUACUUGUAAAUUUAUCACCAUUUUCUUCAAUGGGCUUGCAGUCGUUUUGUAUAGACCACCUCCAUCAGACACAGAUGUGUCAUUUCAAAAGGAGUUGUGACUACUGUUUCAGUAGAAUGUGAUCGCAACAAAGCAUGAAAUGGAGGCUGAAAUAGAAGGAGAGGAGGAUACUUUACAGCUGGAAAAUUGACUUGUAAGAAUGCACAGUGCCAUUGUAGCAUUAUCUACUCAAUAAGGACAAUCAUAUUUUAAAAACCGAUGUUUUAUAAUUGAAUAUGUUCCUUGUAUAUUUAUAGAUUUUAUUUUCUUUUGUUUUAAUGUAAGAAGCAGACAUGUGCCUUCAAAGCUCGCUAAAAGCCUCAAACACACACGUACACAUUCACUGAUUUUUCAUUGUCCAGCUCUGCAAUCCCCAACUAGUAACCAACUAAACUAGAAAAAAGCCAAUGAUUAGUUAAAAGUUUACAUUUUAAAAGGGCAGUGUAUGUCUCUCUCUCUCUUACAGCUUAUUUUAUUUUAAUUAUUAUUGAUAAUAUUUUGGGUUUAUUUAGCAAAUUUAUAGUAUAAAAAUUUAAACUAACCAAGUUUCUGUGACGGUGUUCAGGAAAUACUAUUAAAGCUCAUGAAUUUAAAACUAGCUAUAUAACAUAAUUUGUUUUUAAAUUUAUAACUAGUUAGGCCUUUAUUUAUCACAGCGAGUUAAUGAGCUCUUAGAAUGUGGGUUAUGUGUCUUCUUUGUGUUCCAGUAUAUAGGGAAUACAGAAAUAUCAGCAAUGUAUACACUUGUUUUCACUUUAACGCAAGAAUUCCAGGAGGUUUUUUGUUGAUAUGCUGAUUCUUAACCUUUAACUUUUAUGAUUCUGUGAUAGCAUCACUCAAUUAUGUCUUCCAUGAGGAAAGUAUCAGCUUCAGUAAAAUGCCAAUCAGACAUCAAAAAAUUUCUUGACAAACUAUUGAUCAACCUUUAUUUACUUAGUAAUUUAAUUUUUCUAAUUUUAAAAACUUUUCACCUAGCACAUUACUUAUAACACCUAGAAUUGUGCUUUUCACAUAGUAAAAACCCCAAAACCAAAGCCAUUGCCGUUAAGUCGAUUUCAACUCAUAGCAAUUCUAUAGGACGGCGUUGAACUGCCCCACAGGGUGGAUUUGAACUGCCUAGCUUUUGGUUAGCAGCCAAACACUUAACCACUGCACCACCAUGGCCCAUCUCUAAUUGUCAUUUGAUUAAAGCAUUAAAUCCCAGUCUUUAACGGUGUUUAUUUCAGAGUCGAAGUCUUUCACAUACAUGAUAACAUUUAUAACUUCACUACAUUUAUUCAGGUUAGACUUAUGUUAAAUUUAUCUGUUCUAAAGAUGUAGGGGAUAGAUUAGUGAACAUCAAGAAAAGUAACUUCUGUAAUGGUUAGGAAUUUUACUGAUUAUGAAAAGGGUGGAAGUCUGUUUCAGUUCAAACCCAGAGAUGAUCGCAUUUGAAAUUUUCAUAAAAUGAAGUUACUAAUUUAACUAAGAUUCAUUACCAGCUUUUUCCUAUCAGCAGUAUGUUACAUACAGUGAUUGUAGAUAACACAAGCUGAGAGUAAAGGCUUGGUAGGAAACCAGGAUCAGAAGCACUAUAAAUUCACAGAAUUUAAGAAAUUAUAUUUGGUAGUCUGUGACCAACAAGGAUUCAAGAACUUCAUAGUGCUUUUAAACUGAAAUUCAAGGAUAAGUAAUAAGUUAGGAGUUGUGCAAGCUGGCACACUUGAAUAUUAGAGAAGUCGGCCAGGAAUUAGAGAGAGAGGCCUCCUCAAACCAAGAAUGUAUGAAUACAAAAGAAGUUCGAAGCCAAAAUGGUGGGGAGCCAAAAAUCCAGGUAGCUGGGAAGCAGAAAAUUAAUAUCAAGCAAAGGGACAGUGCAAGAUAGGCCGGGGAACAAACGUAGGAUACCUCAGUUCAGGAGCCAUCUCCCUUCCACCCCACCACACACAUUUUAUAUGCUAUUUCUUGUUGCAGCAAAGCUAAAGGAGUUUUAGGCUUUCUGUGUUCUAUACAUGGAAAGAAAGAAUUGAAUAGAAUUUUGUGGCUGUAGAAUAAUGAUGAAUCCUGAGAUCUGAUAGAGAUCACUGAUAGAAAUGUGAAAUGACAGCAAGAGAUGAAACAAUAACUAUAAAAGCAAACCAAAAAAACCCAACUAAACCCAUUGCCAUUAAGUCUAUUCCAACUAAUAACAACCCUAUAGGACAGAGUAGAACUGCCCCAUAAGGUUUCCAAGGAGCACCUGGCGGAUUCAAACUGCCGAUCUUUUGGUUAGCAGCUGUGGCUCUUAACCACUAUGCCACUAGGGUUUUCUAUAUUAGUCUAGGGCCACUUAAUUUAGAGAAGGAAAAAAAUCACCCCAUAUAUAGAAAUAGUUUGCUAAACAAGCCUUAAAUAAUUGGCAUUCAUUAUAAUUCUUAGUUAUCAAGAGUUACAUUUUACUCAACAUACUCAACCUUAUAAGGUGACACAUUUUUAUAUAGUUUUUAAUGGAAGUAAUUCAAGUGAAAAUAAUUCCGACAUUUAAAGGGAGUUGUACUCUGUCCUUUAUAAUAUGCAUAUUUACAAAGAAUACCUCUCAUAAAUAAGGCAAUACAGACACUACUGUAAUUUGUAAUCAUAGUUUAUCAUUUUGGACUUAUCUAGAUUAUAUUGGUUGAUAGGCGACUUUUAGAAGUAAAAUUUUUCAUAAUAUGUAUUUUUUUAAAAUUUAUACUGAUUUUUCAGAAAGCUUGAAUUUAUAAGUCGACCUACUGUGAUUUUUGUAUAUAGCUGGAUGUGGGUCUGAAAACUGUUAACAUUUUAGGUUCUUUAUCUGUAGGAAAUACAAAUGUAAAAACUUACACAUUGAAAGAAUUGUAUAUAAUUGAUUCAGUUAUGUGUAUUUGAGGCAAAUGUAAAUAAAAUUUUAUAUCGAUUGUC